AGGUGUUUGAUAUUUUCAAAGAGUUCAAAAUUCUUGUUGAAAGACAGAGUGGACACUAUAUUAAAGUUCUCAGAUCCGACCAAGGUGGCGAGUUCACAUCCGAUCUGUUCGAAAAGUUUUGCAAAGAGCAUGGAAUCGUUCACCAGGUUACACCUCCAUAUACUCCUCAACUGAAUGGUGUUGCUGAAAGGAAGAACCGGACAAUUCUUGAUAUGGCGAGGAGUAUGAUCAAAGGGAAGGAUUUACCCCGAGAAUUCUGGGCUGAAGCUGUCGCAACAGCAGUAUAUCUCUUGAAUCGAUGUCCAACCAAAAGUGUUCGCAACAUGACACCUGAAGAAGCAUGGAGCUCGUUCAAGCCCAGUGUUGCACACCUCAGAGUUUUUGGCUGCAUUGCCUACAAAACAAAUCUUGGAGAAGUUCAAAAUGGAGUCUUGCAAUCCCGUUAAUACUCCCGUGGAGAUUGGUCAAGAAUUGAGGAAGCAUGAUGGUGAAGCAGAGGUAGAUCCAACUUACUUCAAAAGCCUGGUUGGAAGUCUACGAUAUCUAACGUGCACUAGGCCCGAUAUUCUCUAUGGAGUUGGACUAAUUAGCAGGUACAUGGAAACGCCGUCACAGUCUCAUUUGAAUGCAGCCAAGAGGAUUUUGCGCUAUAUUAAAGGUACGCUAAAUGAAGGUAUGCUCUAUCCCUCUAAUCAAGAUGUUAAGCUUAUUGGUUAUUCGGAUAGCGAUUGGGGAAGAGACUUAGAUGAAAGAAAAAGCACUACCGGCUACUGUUUUUAUAUUGGAGAUGCUGCCUUCACUUGGUCGUCCAAGAAGCAAGCUAUAGUAACACUCUCAACCUGUGAAGCUGAGUAUGUUGCAGCAAGUUCAACGGUGUGCCAUUGCAUUUGGUUGAGAAAUUUACUAAGUUUUCUGGGAUUCGCGCAACAAGGCCCGACGGAGAUACGUGUUGAUAAUAAAUCUGCAAUAGCACUUGCAAAGAAUCCGGUGUUCCACGAAAGAAUAUACUGCAAGUCACAGGAUCAAAUUGCAGACAUAUUUACAAAGCCACUAAAGCAGGAUGUGUUUAGAAGAUUGAAAUUUAUGCUCGGCAUGAAGACAUUGAAGAAUUGAGCUUAAGGGAGGAUGUUGAGUUUAUUAAACUCAAUUGCUUCAAGAUUAAGAAAAUGACGAAGCUGCUGCAUCACCACCUCGUAAUAGUGGUGAAAAUUUUGUGAUUUCUCAUGGCUAAAAAGAUGCUUACAAGUCCUCUACGUCAUAUAGUGGAAGAAUAGUUAUUUGUUCAUGGUCAAAAUGAAGCCACAAAUCCAAUAUGUAAUAGGCGGUGGAAUUUAUGGUUAACAUGUGAUGGCCUUUCUAAUUAAGCUAAUCAUGACACGUAGUGGAGAUGUGUAUACUAGGUAGCUAGUUUAUCAAUCUCCAAAAAUCUAUAAAUAGGUGUAGUUAUAGUUCAUUGUAUCAUAAGGAUCAAUCAUAAGAGAAAAAGAAAAUGUAGUGAAUGAGAUUUUGUAGUGCUGAAGCACUUUGAUUGUAUUUUGUAAUCCUUUUGUGAGAAGCCUAUAAAUACUUAUCAUCCAUA